CACCUUCAGACGGGGCAGGGCCUAGCCCGGUCGGAGCUUCCACUACUUUAGAGAAGUGGCGGCGGGGCAGAGGCGAGCGGACGAGACGGAGUUCACCGCGCCGGCGGUACCCCGGAGCGGCCCGGCCCGGCCCCCCGGCCCCAGCGCCGGCGGAGCGGGGCCGCGCCGGGCCAUGGCGGAGCAGGGCUGCCCCCGUGCUGCGCGGGGGGAACGUGCCGGGGCGGGCAGGCGCGCCGUAGCCGCACCAGAGGCAGAGGGGCCGCGAGGAAGCCGCACCGUGCCGGGGUCGCUGGAGCGCCGCCACUGCCUGUACCUGCACACGGGCCGGGCCUGCUGCCAGAUGGUGGAGGUUCUGCUCGCCGUCCUGAUCCUGGUCUGCAGCUCCGUGUCCUGUGGCUCGGCGGGAGGAUACACCGGCCUCCCCGCCCUGGGGGGCAUCUACUACUACCAGUACGGCGGGGCCUACAGCGGCUUCGGCGGAGCGGAGGGGGAGCGAGCCCAGCAGCUUGACCAACGUUUCUACCUACUGAAGCUGCCCAUUGCAAGGGCAGCGAUGGUCGUGGGAGGGUGUCUCCUGGUCUUCCCUUGUGUUCUGAUUUUGGUUAGUGUUCUGCAGGUCCCGUGGCACUUCCCAGCAUGGCUGCUGAUUGAAUGCACCUUGUACGUAGUGAUUGCAGUUAGCACUGUGCCUGCUCUGUACUAUUUCCUCCAUUCUCUGCUGAGCGUUUAUAAUUCAUCAGUGUGCAAAGAGAGAGAGCAGCUUUAUCAGAGCAAAGGCUAUCAGGGCUUCUGGUGCAGCCUGCAUGGGGCAGAGAUUGCUGCUGGCCUAUUGGGCUGCAUGGCUGCCAUGGCAUACCUGCUCAGUGCAGGCCUAGCUGUCAGAGAUUACAGGACAGUUCAUGAACAGAAACAGAAGCCACUGCAAUUAUAAGAACUUUCAAAUGAUUCUUCCACUCCAGUAAUAGUCUUGAUUUUUGCCAGUCUUACUGAGAUGAAGCAGUAUGCUUUCCUUUCUUCUGGACAGCACAGCCUUAAUGCUACAGAACACUCACCAAGCUAGCAUAGCUCUAAAUAUGGUAGAGUCAGGUUACCCGUAACUUGAAUUUGCAUUAUUGAGUUAUUAGUGGCUCAAAGCUGAUGCAAUGGAUUGUCCCGGCCUCAUAGGCAGCCCUUCCAUCCCACUCUCAGGUGCCCUCUUCUCCAGUGAGGCCUUGCCACAAGUACUGCCACUACAUGCUUUUGCCAAUGAACAGCUUUUUGUAGCUGAAACUGUCUACAAAAGGCAUGUGACUCUGCUGAGAAAAGAGCUCUUAAGAACAAGUGACUGAGGCCCAUGGUUGUAACAAUUAAUUAUUGCUUCCUUGUAGGUCUCUUGGAAUUAACAGACCACUGUGAACAUGACAUUUACAAAGCCAUGAAAAUAUCCUGAAAAAACCUCUCAAACUCAGUCAAACUUGUGAUAAAAUGCCUUUUCAAACUCCUGGAGAGGGUGCAUUUAUGUAUGAAAUGGUCUUUUUAUAUGACUUGUAUACAAGAGUUUUGCUUAAAAAGAUGUCCUGGAUUGGGAUAAUCAGACAAAAGCUUUAUGAGACCAAAUGGGUGAUUGAAUAUAGAAGUAUAUUAUUUUCAAAAUACAUUUUCAGUGUACAAGUUGGAGAAAUGAGACGCUGCUCCUAAUUUUUUUUUUAGAAAAACUUAUAGGAAAUUUAACUGGGAAAAGUAGCACUAGAAUCACCAACUCAUGUCUUAAAAUAAAAUGCCACUUCAGAGCAGUGUCCACUGUGUGCAUUGUUCAUAUGAGGAUGGAACCGCUGUAGUUUCACAGAUGAGUUCUGCCCAUAUUAAAAAAAAAACUAAACAUACUAGAAACAUGCUUUGCCUUGUAUGUAGCUCUUCUUUCACUGGCACCAGUGACCAAAUCCUCACAAUUACCAAAACCAUGGAACACUAUUGAACUAGAGACACUAAAGUAAAACAGAUGCUAAGUAGGAACACACUAGCUGCUUUGGGGUUAGUUUGAUUUAGUUUGGUUUUAGUUCAGGGUUUUUUUGCUUUUUAACAUCAAGGGUCUCAG